UCUUUUCUUUUCAUUCGCUCCUCAUGUGUGGAUUCAAGGCUCUCUUACACGCGAUACGUCCUCGCAGGCAAAGCACGUUUCCCUCGGCUGAGGAGACGCUCAAGCACCCAGCCUACCCAGGCACACUCUGGGCCCUAGAACCUCACUCUCACGGCAAGGUCUCUGUCGCUGAGGGUCGCGGUGGUCCAGUCGGCAUUGCGUGGGAGAUUCAUGGCCAGGGACCCAUCAAGCUUGUGCUUAUUAUGGGAUUGGCAGGAGUCAAGACAUCAUGGCAGCGUCAAACAAAGUACUUCGGUCAUGAUCGAGCCGAUAAGUACUCGGUUCUCAUUAUCGACAACCGUGGUAUGGGCGGCAGCGACAAACCCGUGGGUGUCUAUUCUACCAGCGGCAUGGCACUCGAUGCCAUCGAGGUCAUCGACCACGUUGGCUGGAAGGCUGAGCGGGAUAUCAACCUCGUUGGUAUCUCCAUGGGUGGCAUGAUUGCACAAGAAGUUGCUAUUCGUAUUCCCAAGCGCCUGCAGUCGCUUUCCCUCAUCUGCACAUCAGGCAAAGUCCAAAACACAAAGGGGCUGUGGGAAACUGUCUCAGACACCAUGGGCAUGAUCAUCCCCAAGUCCAUGGAGCGCAGUAUUGUCGACACCGCUCUCCGGCUCUUCACACCCGAGUGGCUCGUCGCACCAGAUGAUGAUAUACUACCUGAGCCAGGCGUCACCGCACGAUGCAGUCCACCACCGCCAGAGGGUGGACCAACGUACGGCCUCUUCGAGACCAACUUUCAGCGUUUCCAGGCUCAGGAACUCACCAAGAAGACAAAUCCCGAGCUGUACACCACCAAAAUGCUCAUGUGUCAACUUGCGGCGGCAGCUUUGCACAACAAGACGGAUGACCAGCUACGGGAAAUAGCAGACAGUGUCGGCUCUGAGCGCAUCAUGAUUAUGCAUGGAAAGCGUGACAACAUGAUCAGCUUUCCAAAUGGCGAACGGCUCAUUAAAGUGCUGAAACCAGGCUCUGUGCACAUUGUGGACGAUAUGGGACACGCACCCAUCAUAGAGAAGACACAAUGGUUCAACAGUGUCUUGGAGGAACAGCUGAGUAUGUGGACCAAGCCGAAGGACGAAUAAGAGUGGUGAGUGGCAGUUGUUUUCAAGCAUAUGAGUAAGCGAUGGACACCGAAUAUUGCGAUAAGCAUGGAACAUUGUAAGAGAACAAGCAGGACAGGCAGUGGAAUAAUAAGCA